UUUCCUGCUCUACAUACUGGAACGAAGCCCAGGAAGACACCUGAUUACCGGUUACACCACGUGUGACUGUUUGCAGAAACAGGGCUGUCAUUUCAGUCCUCACACCUUCUCAGCUGCUAACAUGACGCAACUAGAUUUAAUCAACUCACCUGGAAAACAGGUUACUGAAUGUGCUGAGUAGGGAGAGCCUGGCUGGAAUUCUUUGACUGCUUUCAGACUACACAUCUCUCCAUUCUGCUGCCUGGUCCGGGGGAUUCUGGGAGUACCAUUGCUGAAAUACUUGAAGCGCCAAAGGUUUGCUCUAUCGAAGGUGUAAAGUUUAGAGGCUCAAUGAGCAGAAUUAUACAAACCAACUUAGGCUAUAACCUGACGUUUCAUGAACCCCUCUCUCUUCAGAGGAUGAACUACGUGGGGCAGCUAGCAGGCUCUGUACUGGGCCGUGUACGGGACUUGUAUAAAGGAGUCAACCCAGCCACGUUGUCUGGCUCCAUUGAUGUGAUAGUGAUCCGACAGCCUGAUGGCUCUUUUCAAUCGUCUCCAUUCCACGUGCGGUUCGGGAAACUGGGCAUACUGAGAUCAGCUGAAAUGGCGGUUGAUAUAGAAGUAAAUGGAGAACCUGUAGAUCUGCAAAUGCGACUUGGGGAAAAUGGAGAAGCUUUCUUCAUUCAAGAGAUGGAGGAGAAUGAGGAAUACAACCCAUCCAUCAGUCCUGUUCUCCACUCCCUGGAUAUGUUAUCUACUCAUGACAAUAACGAUAUACGGGAGGCCCCCCCAGCUCCAGAUUCCCCUCGGUUUGCACUGGACACACCCGCCAGGAGGCAACGUUGGAGCAACAGAAGAAAGAGGAGUAGAGGGGAUGAGACUCCGGGAGCUCAGGAUAAAGAUGGAAUUGCUGUGCUACCUUCAUGUGACUCCAUAUAUUUCUCAUUCUCUGAACUCCCUGAAGAAAUUUCCUCUUCUAAGGAUUUUCACCCCUAUCCGGAGUUAUCCUCGAGCAGUCGAUCCCCAUCUCCUAAAAGUGACUCGGAGUUGGAAAUGAAAAUCCUCAACACAUCUCUGUCUGAGAACUGCAUGGAAUGGAACUGGGGAAGACUCCCACAGGUCACUCGGACUGAUAUUGCCUCUCAAAUAUCACAAUCCGCACCACCCAGUCCUGGCAGGGAGCUGGUUGAGAUAUCUUCCACUGCUUCAACAGAGCCUGAAAUUCACAUAACUAAUGAGGAAGAUGUCACCUUCCAUGUUACUCUAUUAGAGGGAUCAGAGGAUACCCCUUCUUUCCAGGUUCUUCCAGACGCUCCUUCUGCAUCUCUAACAUUUUUACCUGAGGAAGCGCUUUCUCCGGACUCUCAGGAAGUAUCCCUCUAUUUUCCCAACAGUGACCCACACCCACCACCGCCACCCAAUCAGCACAACUCAGAGAACGAAGCAGAUGACAAUAUGGAGUCACCCAUGUCGUGUGUAGCUUUGUCAUUAUGCGGAGGCCUUGCAGACUCCUGGAACAUUCCUGAAGAUCGGUUCCAGAAAUACAAGAUCUCAUAUUCCGAUUUCUGCAAAAACCCUUCACUGAUAGACAACCCAAGACUGGUGCUUCAGAUAAACAAAAAGUAUUACAAUUGGGCAACAGCUGCUCCUCUUGUGUUAUGUAUGCAAGCCUUCAACCAAGAACUGCCCCAGGGGGUGAUCGAUCAGAUGACUCAGCAGAGGAUGCCUCCUCGAAGUCGGGGUUGGUGGUUUUCUUGGAGAAGAAGAAGUCUGCCCAACCAACCGCCAGUAUCCAUUCCUAAGGAGCAUGUGGAACAGAACGGAGAUGAUGGCCUCAAUAGGUCAGAGGAGAAUGUGGAAGUUGCAACAGAACCCUCAGCAGUUCCAGAACAACCCUGUCCAUUUCGGAAAUCCCUACGUCUGACAUCUGAGCAGAUAAGAAGUCUAAACUUACACAGUGGAGCAAAUGAUGUUGUGUUCAGCGUCUGCACCAAAUUUCAAGGCACAUGCCGCACUCGAGCGCAGAUCUACCUGUGGGACAGUACAGACCACAUUAUUGUGAGCGACAUCGAUGGAACGGUGACCAGGUCAGAUGCUCUCGGCCACAUUUUACCGCAGCUGGGAAAAGACUGGACUCAGCCUGGGAUUGUUCAGCUCUAUAACGCCAUUCACAAGAAUGACUACAAGUUCCUCUACUGUUCUGCGCGCUCAGUGGGAUUGGCUGAUAUCACUAAGACCUUCCUCCAGGGGGUAAGUGAAGGGGGCUACACUCUACCACCAGGUCCUCUCCUGCUGUCUCCAAGCAGCUUGUUUGCAGCCCUUCAUAGGGAAGUUGUAGAAAAGACCCCAGAGCACUUUAAGAUCGCUUGUCUCUCUGACAUCUGCCAACUCUUCCCUGACCCCAGCCCAUUUCAUGCUGCCUUUGGCAAUAGGCCCAAUGAUGUCCUAGCCUACAGGGAAGUGGGGGUGCCAGAAUCUCGGAUCUUCACUGUCAACCCAAAGGGAGAGCUGACCCAGGACCUGAACUCUGGCUUUAAAUCCUCGUACUCUGCUCUGUGUGACUUGGUGAAUGUCAUGUUCCCUCCUCUGUCAUCUCACUCCACCUCGGCUCUGCUGUCUCCGCAGUUUAAUGACUUCUCCUUUUGGAGAGACCCAGUGAUCAGUAUUAGCGAGGAAGAACUUGUAUACAUUUCCUAAGAAUCGUAUCUCGGGUCUCAUUUUCCCAAGAUCUGCAUGACCCGUCAUGGUCACAGGAGCCAUUAGAAACACAUUGCUGCAAAGGUAUAGAAGGGUCAACUUGUGAACUGAUCUACAAACAACGAAAAGAUGAAACAAAAUGGUGUCCUCUACAGCACACAUUCACAUUCCAGAUGUCCUUCUUCUAAAAAAAGUCUGAAGUUUGAUUGGUUCCUGCAGUAAGCUAUUCAGCUGUUUUUUAAAAAAAUAUAUAUUUUAUGUAUAAGGUAUAAAUCUUGACUCC